GGCCGCUCGGGCAGGAUGGCGGCGGCGGCAGCCGCGGGGCCCGGCGCGGGCGCGGGGGUCCCGGGCUCGGGGGGCGGCGGCGGGGCGCGCGAGGGCGCGCGGGUGGCGGCGCUGUGUCUACUGUGGUACGCGCUGAGCGCGGGCGGCAACGUGGUCAACAAGGUGAUCCUGAGCGCCUUCCCGUUCCCGGUCACCGUGUCGCUGUGCCACAUCCUGGCGCUGUGCGCCGGGCUGCCCCCUCUGCUGCGCGCCUGGCACGUACCGCCCGCGCCGCCCGUGUCGGGCCCCGGCCCCGGCCCCGGCCCGCACCCGGCAUCCGGCCCGCUGCUGCCGCCGCGCUUCUACCCGCGCUACGUGCUGCCGCUCGCCUUCGGCAAGUACUUCGCGUCGGUGUCGGCGCACGUCAGCAUCUGGAAGGUGCCGGUGUCCUACGCGCACACCGUCAAGGCCACCAUGCCCAUCUGGGUGGUCCUCCUGUCCCGGAUCAUCAUGAAGGAAAAACAGAGCACAAAGGUGUACCUGUCGCUGGUCCCCAUCAUCAGCGGAGUCUUGCUGGCCACUGUCACAGAACUGUCCUUUGACGUGUGGGGGCUGGUCAGCGCCCUGGCAGCCACGCUGUGCUUCUCCCUUCAGAACAUCUUCUCUAAAAAGGUGUUGAGGGACUCGAGGAUUCACCACCUGCGGCUGCUCAACAUCCUGGGCUGCCACGCCGUGUUCUUCAUGAUCCCCACGUGGGUUCUGGUGGACCUCUCCACUUUCCUGGUCAGCAGUGACCUGGCCUAUGUGUCCCAGUGGCCCUGGACACUGCUGCUCUUAGUGGUCAGCGGAUUCUGCAACUUUGCACAGAAUGUCAUCGCUUUUAGCAUCCUCAAUCUCAUCAGUCCACUCAGCUACUCGGUGGCUAACGCCACCAAGAGGAUCAUGGUCAUCACCGUGUCCCUCAUCAUGCUGCGCAAUCCAGUGACCAGCACCAAUGUGCUGGGCAUGAUGACUGCUAUCCUUGGCGUCUUUCUGUACAACAAGACCAAGUAUGAUGCAAACCAGCAGGCUCGGCGCCACCUCCUCCCUGUGUCUACAUCAGACCUGAGCAGCAGAGAGCACCUGCGGAGCCCAAUGGAGAAGCCCCACAAUGGUGCAUUGUUUCCCCAGCAAGGUGACUUCCAGUACCGCAACAUUCUCCUCACAGACCAUUUCCAGUAUGGCCGCCAGAGCCAUCUGAACUCCUAUGCCCUCAGCCGCCAUGAUGUGUAGGGGCCCACCAGGCCAGGCUUCCUGCACCACCUCCCCAAGCCCAGCAGCUGAGCACAUGGCAAGCCAGCAGGGGAGCCCUGGAUCCUGAUGGACUGUGGCAUGUGACCACAGCAUGGACAGCCACAGGCACUGGGCAGAGGGAGAGCCACAGAGAAAUCCUGGUUCACGCUUCUGCUCAGAGGCCACACUCUGCAUUGGUACACAGGGGUGCCCCCAGUACACUGCAGAGGCCUGAUCUGAACUUCUGAUGACAACAGGGACCCACUCUGCAGAACUGGCAUCGCUGUGGCUGCAGUCCUGGAAGCCAGCAGGAGGUGGGAUCUGGGCCGUCAAGGAGAGGACAGCAGGGCUGUAGCCCAGAGGUAUGGAGAGGGCUGACACAGGUACCAUUACCUGUCCCCAGCAAGAGCUCCAGGAUGCUCCAAGGCAGUUUGCUACUUGCAGCUAGUGCUGACCUGGGGCAAGCCUACAGUGACCAUCGGUUCAUCAGCCACUGGUGUGACUUUCUUCUGCCUUGUGGGUACCAGAGCAGGCCACACCCCUCCACUCCAAACCUGGCUAGUGUUAACCUUGGUUGUAGCUCUACCUUUCUGAUGCCACAGAAGGCCCAGUAAUGGUGAUGGCAGUAUCCCCAGGACCUCGAGUUUCUCUGGGGAGCAUCUUAUUGGCUGGGGGAGCUUUGGAGUCUAGGUACUAACAAGUACUGCACCAGGGCUAGCCAGUGGGUGGAAACCAUCUUGACUUGUUUCCAAAAUACAAGACAUUUGUUGCUAGAGCAGUCCCUUGUAGGCAAUGCUGAAGGGUCCUGAAGCCGCAGCCAGAAUAGCAGAAGGUGGAAUUCACACUCCAAAUACAGCGUUGCUUGUCAGUGAGGAGAUGGCAUGUGGGUCAGCAUCUGGACUGUGUCCCAGUGAUGGGACAGCAGGCAAGUCUUAGUUUUUUAGUUAAGGGUUGGUAGAGUGCCUGUGUCACUGUCAGUGGCUUCUGUCCCCAGCAUCACAGAAAGUAACAUAGUGGUGCGUCCUGCUCCAAGCACUUUGGAAGCAAGGUCAGGUCCUCAGCUUUAUUGUGUGUAGCCCAGACCAACCUGGGCUACAUGAGAACCUAUCUCAAGAGAAAGAUCAGUUUUACAAACCUGACAUCAUGGUACACAUCCAGGGGCUGAGCCAGGAGAAUGGCCAUGAGUCUGAAACCAAUCUGGGCUACAUAAUGAGGCUGUCUCAAAAACAAAAGUUUGGGGGCGCAUCCUCCUGGCCUACACCUAUGGUCCUAGCUACACAGGAAGCCAAAGCAAGAGACGCUCCCAAGCCUGUGAGUUCAAGGCCAAUGUGGCAACACAAGGAGAACCUGUUGGUAAGCAGAAGUGUGGGUUCUGGUGUGGCACGGCAAGUAAAUGGUAGGACCCAAGGGUUAUGACAUGUCUUCUUGGCAGUCAGGGGCAUUAGCUUGGGUUAUCUAUGAUUUGAGGGUUUGUUUGUUUGUUUGUUUGUUUGUUUGUUCUUGAGACAGGGUCUCAACAAUAUAGACCAUGCUGGUCUCAAAUUCAUAAAUCUACCUGUCCCUGCCUUCUGUGUGCUGGGAUUAAAAACAUGUACUGCCACGCCAACCUGGAAACAUCGUCACUAAGGCCCCCAGAGUGAACUUGAGCUCUUAGUAUUCCUCGUGUCUCUGUCUCCAUCUCCAAGCACUGAGCUUACAAGUGUGUCAUGGCGCUCCAGUUCUUAACUCCUCGUUUGCUGGGUCCCUCUGCUUUGAUUAAUUGGAAUUUUGUGUCUAAGGUUAAGUUCAGUGGCAAUGCCAGCCUUGGGCUGCUUGCCGGUUUGCAGAUGUUCAGAGCCCACCGUGGCAGCAGGAAGGAGCACCUCGGUAAGGUGGUCUGCUGGGUUUUCUUCACGGGGGAAGACACUGAGACACCUGGCACUACAGAGGUCUCUGCGUGUCCCUAGCUGUGCUGAACUCAGAAUGAAUUAUGUCUUUUUGGAUUUCUAUGAUGUUGCUGUAAUAUGUAUAUUAAUGCAUUUUUCCUUUUCCAAUGUGAGGUUUGCCAGGGAGGGAAAGGCCCACUUUUCUUACGGUUUAUAAAUUAAUAAAUGGGAUAUUUAAUUCUGUUCAUAGGCUCGCAGCAGGUGCGAACCCUGAAAUGGAUGAGACAAUCAGGUAGACCAGAUGGCUGCUGCACAAAGCCCUGGGCUUCAUCCUCAGCGCCACGUAAACAGGUGGUGGUACCCAGCAAUCAGAAGGCUGAGGCAGCAAAGAGCAGGAGUUUAUGGUCAUCUCUAGCUACUCAGAGUUUGAGAUCAGCCUGGGCUACAUGAGACAAAACAGACUUGAUGGUCCAGUUUACCUUGUCCCACUUAAAGUCUUAUUAGCCCUCUGUCUCGCCCCCCCACCAUGUUCACCUCUCCAGUUCUGCCUCACCCCACUUCUCUCUUGGGGUUCACAUUAGAGAGUUUAGGUUGCUGUCUCCAUAUACCCUUUGAAAUGGCCUGGCUAAGACACUUAUGCUGACCCACCCAACUCCAACUCCUUCGUUUUGCAGAAGGGGAAAUGGGCUUAGAAUAGUUUAGAAUGUCUGUUCACUAUUAGAAUUCUUGGGGUGGGGCUUUAGUUAUUUACAUUUCUUUGAGAUGGUAUCUGCCUGUGUAGCCCAGGCUGGCUGGGGAUAGGAGGCGGCCCUCCAGCCUUGGUGCAGAGGUGAAGGACUGCCACACCAGCACCUUGUUUUAUACCAUUUAUCCUGGGCAGGGGGUGAGCCAGAGGUAGUGAUGUACUUGAGACUCAGUCUCCCUGUGUGGGAAGACUCUGGGCAGUUAGCUUCUCAAAGCCAGCCUCCUCGCUCCAAAACAAACCCAGGGUCUGAAAUGGGAAACUCAUGCUCGUUUUCCAUUGUCAUCAUCCUGAGGCUCUCGUCAGACUGUUCUGUGGGAAUAGCUGUGUUCUUGGUUGGCAUUCACCAAAAAUAAACGAUGGUCUCCAGGG